AUUGCUGCUAAAUCAUCUAGUUAGAUGGAUAUGGAGGAAAUUUCAUAGGAAAUGUUAUGUUAAUCUUAUGAUUAUUAGUCAUCUAGUUUAAAUAUUUGAAUCAAAUAGUUCAUUUAGUUAAGUAUAGUUUACAAAAAUGUAACUUUGACUACAACACCACACUAUUUGGUAAUCAACUAGAUUAGUAGAGACCAAAAAUCACUUAAGUUAGUUAAUAGCUACUUCAAAAGUAACACAUUAAUCAUGUUUAGCAAAAAGAAACAUUAAUAUUGUUGGUUAAAGUAAUUACUAUUUUACCAUGUUGUUUAGCUCUGGGCUGACUAUAGCUGAUGGGGAAGACACUCUUCAAGUCCCCCACAAGAAACUUUGACCCAGUUUUAAGUUUUUACUUGCUACUUUCAUUUCCAUAAAAACAUUUUCGCUGUACUACACUAUUUAUACUUCUCCUUUUUCAAUCCAUUUUGUCACACUCUCUUCAAUCUAUAGAAUCAAAUUGGUGAAAAAGUCUUUUUCCUCCUUGAACACUAAAAUGGCGGUCAAAGAGAAAUACAAUGCAUCAUUGCUAAUCGUUUUAUCGAUUCUAAUAAUUGUCGUCAUGGCGGAAGACCCGUACAGAUACUUCCAAUGGCACAUAACCUAUGGCGACAUUUAUCCUAUGGGUGUUAAACAACAGGGUAUAUUGAUCAACAAAAUGUUUCCGGGUCCGGAAAUUCGCUGUGUUACCAAUGACAAUCUCAUCAUUAACGUAUUCAAUCAUUUGGAUGAGCCUUUCCUUAUCUCAUGGGCGGGGAUUCAAAAUAGAAAGAACUCGUUCCAAGACGGAGUGUACGGAACGACGUGCCCAAUCCCGCCGGGGAAGAACUACACCUACGCUCUUCAGGUAAAAGAUCAGAUCGGAAGUUUCUAUUACUUCCGGUCACUCGGAUUUCACAAAGCCGCCGGCGGAUUCGGAGCUAUCCGUAUCUCUAGCCGCCCAUUGAUCCCAGUCCCUUUCCCUCCUCCCGCCGAUGAUUACACUGUUCUCAUAGGCGACUGGUACAAGACCAACCACAAGGCCUUGAGAGCACAGCUCGAUAGUGGCAGAAAGCUUCCUUUACCUGAUGUAAUUCUCAUCAAUGGCCGCGGAAGUGGCGCAAAACUCAACGUUCAACCAGGUAAAACGUAUAGGCUGAGUAUAUCAAAUGUAGGAUUACAGAACUCACUCAACUUCCGCAUCCAAAACCACAUGAUGAAGCUGGUUGAGGUCGAAGGGAGACACACUAUUCAGACUCAAUUCUCUUCUCUUGAUGUUCAUGUUGGUCAAUCUUACUCUGUCCUCGUUACGGCUAACCAACCUCCUAAGGAUUAUUACAUUGUGGUCUCUAGUAGAUUUACCCCACAGACCCUCAUCACCGGCGGUGUUCUCCAUUAUAGUAACUCUGCUGGAGAUGUUUCUGGACCUCUUCCCGAUGUACCUGAUUCGAUGAGCUGGUCUCUUAACCAGGCUCGAUCUAUCAGGACCAACCUUACAGCGGGCGGACCAAGACCAAACCCACAAGGUUCAUAUCACUAUGGUAUGAUAAACGUCACCAGAACUAUCAGACUUGUUACUUCUGCUGGACAGAUUGGAGGCAAGCAACGAUACGCCGUGAACAGCGCAUCAUUUUACCCAUCAGACACCCCUUUAAAACUUGCUGACUACUUCAAAAUUGACGGUGUAUACAAGCCUGGUAGCAUAUCUGACCAGCCCACUAGUGGAGCAAUAUUCCCAAUGACAUCUGUCUUGCAGGCUGAUUACAAAGCCUUUGUGGAGAUUGUUUUCCAGAAUUGGGAUAAUAUUGUCCAGAGCUGGCAUUUUGACGGUUACUCUUUCUUCGUUGUUGGGAUGGAGUUUGGGAAAUGGAGUACUGCCAGUAGGAAAAUCUACAAUCUAAACGAUGCAGUCUCACGCUGCACUGUUCAGGUGUAUCCAAGAUCAUGGACUGCAAUAUACGUGGCACUAGACAACGUAGGAAUGUGGAACCUAAGAUCAGAGUUGUGGGAAAGACAAUACCUGGGACAACAGCUUUACAUGCGUGUCUACACAACCUCGACUUCUCUCAGAGAUGAAUACCAAAUCCCGAAGAACGCUCUUCUUUGUGGCAGAGCUAUUGGACACCACAAAUAAGACUGCUUUGAGUGGGCGGGAGAGUUAGAU